CACUGGCAAGAGGAGGGGGCGGCCAACUUCCCGGGAGAAGGGCGCUUUCCACGCCGGAACUGGCUAGCAAGCCGCCGCCGCAGCAGCCACCACCGCCACCGCCGCCGCCGAGGGCUCCCACUCGGGGCAGCUGCUGCCUUCGUUUGCGGCGCUCGGAAAGUUGGGUCGGACCUGAACCCCUAACAGCAAAACCGCCUACCGCCCUCAAGCCCUCCCGGAGUUGAGUCGCCUGUGGCGGCGGCGGCGAACGGGCGGGGGGGUUUCCUCUCGCCCUGGAUGGAGCUGAACUUUAGGCUGCCAGACAAUCGCGGCCAUCUGGGGAUCGCUGCAUGCUGAGUUCCCUCGGAUAGACCCAGCAGCGGCUCCGGAUUUUUUGGGGGCGGGGGCGGGGACCAGCCGCGCGCCGGCACCAUGCUCUUGGCGACCCUGUACUUCGCGCUGCCACUGCUGGACUUGCUCCUGUCUGCCGAGGUCAGCGGCGGGGACCGCCUGGACUGCGUGAAAGCCAGCGAUCAGUGCCUAAAGGAGCAGAGCUGCAGCACCAAGUACCGCACGCUCAGGCAGUGCGUGGCAGGCAAGGAGACCAACUUCAGCCUGGCAUCGGGCCUCGAGGCCAAGGAUGAGUGCCGCAGCGCCAUGGAGGCCUUGAAACAGAAGUCGCUCUACAACUGCCGCUGCAAACGGGGCAUGAAAAAGGAGAAGAACUGCCUGCGCAUCUACUGGAGCAUGUACCAGAGUCUGCAGGGAAAUGAUCUACUGGAAGAUUCUCCAUAUGAACCAGUUAACAGCAGAUUGUCAGAUAUAUUCCGGGUGGUCCCAUUUAUAUCAGAUGUUUUUCAGCAAGUGGAGCAUAUUCCCAAAGGGAACAACUGCCUGGAUGCAGCCAAGGCUUGCAACCUCGAUGAUACCUGCAAGAAGUACAGGUCUGCAUACAUCACCCCAUGUACCACCAGCAUGUCCAAUGAUGUCUGCAACCGCCGCAAGUGCCACAAGGCUCUCCGCCAGUUCUUCGACAAAGUUCCGGCCAAGCACAGCUAUGGAAUGCUCUUCUGCUCCUGCAGGGAUAUUGCCUGCACCGAGAGGCGGCGACAGACCAUUGUGCCUGUGUGCUCCUAUGAAGAGCGUGAGAAGCCUAACUGCUUGAAUUUGCAGGACUCUUGCAAGACCAAUUACAUCUGCAGAUCUCGCCUUGCAGAUUUUUUUACCAACUGCCAGCCAGAGUCAAGGUCUGUCAGCAGCUGUCUGAAGGAGAACUACGCAGACUGCCUCCUCGCCUACUCAGGGCUGAUUGGCACAGUGAUGACCCCCAACUACAUAGACUCCAGCAGCCUCAGUGUGGCCCCAUGGUGUGACUGCUUCAACAGUGGAAAUGAUCUGGAAGAGUGCUUGAAAUUUUUGAAUUUCUUCAAGGACAAUAAAUGUCUUAAAAAUGCAAUUCAGGCUUUUGGCAAUGGCUCCGAUGUGACUGUGUGGCAGCCAGCUCUCCCGGUACAGACCACCACUGCCACCACCACUACAGCCUUCCGAGUCAGAAACAAGCCCCUGGGGCCAGCAGGGUCUGAGAAUGAAAUCCCCACACAUGUUUUACCGCCUUGCGCAAAUUUACAGGCACAGAAGCUGAAAUCUAAUGUGUCAGACAACACACAGCUCUGUCUUUCAGAUAGCAAUUUUGAAAAGGAUGAGCUCGCUGGUGCUUCCAGCCACAUAACCACAAAAUCCAUGGCUGCUCUUCCACGCUGCGGUCUGAGCCCACUGCUGGUUCUGGUGGUCACCGCUCUGUCUACCCUAUUAUCAUUAUCUUUGGCAGAAACAUCAUAGCUGCAUUAAAAAAAAAUAUGGACAUGUAAAAAGACAAAAACAAAGUUAUCUGUUUCCUAUCCUCUUGUAUAUCUGAAAAUCAGUUCUAGGAGCUCAGUGAAGAAACAGUUUCACCCAACUGGAACUUUUUGUUUUUUAAAGAGAGCUUCUUGUGAUCCUUAGGGGCUUCUGUGGGAAACCUGAGGCAGCGCUACAUUCCAAACUCAAAAGGUUUUGUUUGGGGCAUGCUGUUUUAAGGGAACAAUUUGUAAACUUGACUGUAAAGUAAAUUGAGGCCAUGUUUUUGAUGAUGACAGUGGUGAUGAUAACGAUUAAGAGGAUUUUAAGUUUUAACUCUGGCCUUCACUGAAUGGAAAGGGAGUAUUUCUAAAGAUUCUUCCAUAUCUCAUGUAAUGGUUUCAGUUUCUAAUGAUGUAAACUACAACCUGACAUGGAUGAUGCUUUUUUUUUUUUUUUUUUUUUUUUUUUUUUGCCACAAAGUGAAAGUUCUCAUCCAGAGUGGGUUUUGUGGAAAACAACAUUACUGAUGUUCAUCUUUCUGUAUAUACUAGCAUCUUCCAGACUGUUUGUGUGUUGUAAACGGUUCCGUGCUGCCAUACAAAACAAAAGACACCUGUCACCAAGUGUAGAAUCUGUCUUAGUCAAAAUAGGGAGAGCGGCUGUGAAACUUCACAGUACCUUGAUCAUUGGUUGAUACUCUCCUAAGCCUUACCUGAGUGAGAAGCCCUUAAACUAACAGGAGUCAAAUAUAGUCAAAGCAUCAUUCUAAUACACUUUACACUUACGAGGUUAUAUGUAGAAAAGAAAUUUUACUACUCAAUGAUUUCAGCUAUUGGCUUUCUAUAUUUUGAAUGUAACGAUAUCUUCAUUUUUUUAACUGAUGGUUUAAUAUGAAAUAAGUGAGCUUGUUUUCCUCGCAGAAGUUCUGUUAGCUCCAACAUUAACUUCGCAAAUAAUAGCUCUUGGAAAGCAAGCGCUAAGGAGCCCUGUGCUUAGCGGAAAGCUUUGCGUCACGUGGCUGUAGACAGACAGGAGGAAACAGAACAGCCUGAGUUGUUUUUUACUGUGUUUUAAAAUGCAAGCGAGGAACCCAGGAGCCGCUUGCAAUGGUGCACAGUAUCUCUUGGCACCUUUUCCAACUGACACAACCUGGUACGUUGGUACUCGUGGUCUCUGACAGAGGCAGUUUUGAUACAGUAGAGGGUGGGGAUGUGCCACCCUCUUUCCAUCCUUACCCAGGUACACAGCUCUUUUCCUGAGGAUUGGCUUUACUCCCAGUUGUGAUCUCUUGACCGCUAUCAAGAGCAGUUUGGUCUGAGGAUUGUCAGGAAUCAGCUUGCAUCUUGUUCUGUUCUUCUCUGACAGACUGUGGCUGACUAUGAAGACAGGAAAGAAGGUUGUGGAUUGAGAGGGGCAGUGUGAGGGCUGGGGAGGUGAGUUGGUUGGCACUUGUAAACAGAACAGGGCAGGGCUGAGCCAGCUUUGUUAGCCCAUGUUCUGUCCCUAGUUCUCUUCCUCGUGUGCACUUUUGAAGGCUGGUUUAGGUGGUGAGAUUCAGAAUCUUCAAUGAUCACAUACUAGUGGCUGAGUUCCUCUCACACUGAAUGAAGAAGAGUAGAUGCUUCUUUCACAGGGUCCUGGAUGCAUGAGGUUUCUUCCCAUACUGCAGAAGCCUGGAGGGGGAAACUCCUGGUGCACACUUCAUGCUGAUCUCUUUGUCUGCUGACUGGUCUUGGAAGAUUGAACAAAUCACUGGGGGAGGAAGAGAAGUCUAUGAAAGAGAAGCAUACUCUUUGUGUUCUUUUGGUGUUUGAAAUAUAUUUAUACCCAGAUGUUAAUAAACUAAGAUGUAUAAUACUCUACCAACAUUUUUCACCUAAGAAAGCUUUCAAGGUAAAUGCAUCAAAUACCCAACUGUAUUUGAUCAGUGAAAAGUUCCAUAAAGACUGUACUUUGAAUAAACACAUUUAACGUAUCAAAGUAUUUGAAACACCAGUCAUCUAUGAGAGCAUAUCUCCUAUAGAAUGUAUUUUGUUUUAAUUAAGGUAUCUCUGUACUAGAUUAAUUGUACUGGCUAAUUGCAUAGGGGUCUGAUUCUUUGUGGUCUACUAUAGAAACAUAUUGACUAUUUCUAUAAAAUCCACCAGAUCUAAUUAGCUUCAGAUAACCAAAGAAGAAAUGGGAAUUCUCAGUGCGUUACAACUAGGGCAGCCUUUAUUGAAGAGUGUGUAGAUAUACAACUUAUAAAUUAAAUAUUAAAAAGCUCUCUCCCCACCAAAGAUCUCAUUUUUUUUCGGAGAUAAAAGCAUAUUUGCUCCACCAAAUUCUCAAACUGAAAAUAAGUGACCAAUUAAAUAAACAGGAGAUACCUCUUAUUCAGGAACAACCUGUUAAAGAGAUUGUUAUAAAAUUAAGACAAGCGAGUGAUUUGGUUUGGUCUUUGUUUACCCUGGUAAACUGAUACUGAAACAUUUUCUGCAAAGAAAAGAAUUAUUGAAAGGAAGGAAUUAUUAAAAGAAAGGAAUUAUUGAAAAAUUUCACCUAUCUAACUUCCUCUUGGAAUGCUUACAAGCCAAAUGGGAUUCACUACUUCCUGCCCUUCAGUCCUGCAUUUCAAAUGUCACAAACACUAGGGUUUGUGAAGGUCAAGUCUCUUGCACCUAACACCUUAUGGCGUUGAUUUUGACAACAAAAAGUAGACAUUUGGGGCUGGGGAUUUAGCUCAGCGGCAUAAGCAUCUGCCUUGCAAGCAGGCAGUGGUGAGUUCGAUCCCUGGUACCGAUAAAAAAAGAAAAAGACAACAACAACAACAACAACAACAAAAACCACAGACAUUUAUAUCCAUGGAGACCAUGAUUCUCAAAUCAAAUCUACCCAUGCCCUACUUACUUCAGAGUGUGAGAGAGAAAAGACAGUAUUGCCACAAUGAUUAGAAGCACAUUCACUUCACUUUGGUGUUGACUAUCUCUCCCCAAUAUAUAUUUGAGUAUCUUUUGAGUAGAGCACAGGAAGGAAGAAGGGCACAAUAUAGAGAAGGAACUGAGAAUGUUGGCUGAGUAUUUAUUUUUUCCAUAUGUAAUUUUUUUCAGGCCUCUAAAAGAAAAAAAUAGAUGCUGAGAAUUACAUAGGUUAUUUUUUAGGUGUAAUGGCAAACUUGUAUUCAGAAUGUUAAUUAAGAGUGUGGUUUCUAUUUUAUUUUUUUUUAAACAAUUCUUGUAGUAAAAAAUGUCUUAGAAGUGAUGGCUUCAAGUUCAUUGAGUACUGGUCAGGGCUUCUCUAGAGCUGCCGUGGCCUUCAGUUUAAUCUGUACUGAGACAGUUCCUGUCUUGCACAGGCUCGGAGGAUGAGUAUCUUGUACCUGCAUCACAUUUCCCUUGUACGUUUUUUGUGUUUCAGUCAGGUACUCCCAAGCACGCCAUCUGCUGAGUUAGGAAAGUGGGAGAAUGGAAGCAUCUUUGAGUCAGUGUAAAGUCUUGGGAAAAGGGAUGUAAGAACAGUGGGAGUUUAUAUAAUUAGUAAGUUCUUUUCUUAGAAUCCAACGUAAAUGUAUUUCAGUUAUUAUUUACAAAAUAGUGGCCUCCAAGGAGCUUGUGUUUUGGAAAAUAAGUUUUCAUUCAUUUAUUUAGACAUACAUGACUUAUUUGAGUCAAUAUACACUGUAGACCACAAAAGGGCUGCUUGGAUGGGUUCAUGUUUUCUAAUUCUCUUUCAGGGCUAUUCUUGAUCCCGUGGAUUCAUACCUCUGUUGCCUUUGCUUCUCUUCUUCAUUGCAGCAAAUGAGACCAUGGGAAACCCAUCUUUGCAAGAAAGACCAGAGGCAGUGGCAACAGAUGGGAGUGAAUUGCUAUAGGCCCAGGCACCAUGACAGCAGAAGGCCCAUCUGCACUGAACUUGGAGAGUUUGGAGUGACAAAGUGCAAUCAGGGUACAACUAGAGGCCACAUACCAUAGGCCAGUGGGUCUUGCAGGCUUCCCAUGUCUCUUAGUGAGCAGGAUAGGAGCCUUUACCUAAUGAAGCAGCCAGAAUUCCUUGAAAUAGGCAGUGGUUCCUUUAGUGCAAGGAAGCUAGAGCUACUUUAUAAUUUCUGGAUGACAAAGAAAGAAUUUUCUUAUCAAAAAUUCUGAAAUAAAAUGGCUGAGGAUUUGGUUGAAUACCCUUGGAAGCUACGUUUUUGUCUUAUCCUGAGACAGAAAUCCUGUGUAUAUGUCUGACACCUCUUGACUCUGACCACAGCUUUGCUUCUUGAGCGACCAUUUGUUUUAAAUCUAUUGUCUAAGGUCCUUUGUGAAAAUCAUACCUUUGAUUAAUAGUCUCACUGAAUAGACCUUAAAUCUUCAAGCUUUACACAUCCCAGUAUGUUUUCUGUAACAUGUGUUUUCCUCUAAGACAGCUGUCUUGAGAUAUUAACUGGUUCAGUUACUUUAGAUAUAUUGAGUCUCUACCUUCAGCCUUGUUCUUUACUCCCUAGUAUUUAGCAGGGUCCCUUCAUAUCCAUUCUUCACCCCAGUUUUGCUGUAAGUUUAGCUUUGGGUCAGUCUUGUUCCAUAAGAUGCCCACUUCAGUGACGCAGAACUGGAGACAGAGGAUUUAGAUCCAGUAAUACUCAAGGCAGAAGUCCCCCCGACCUCUCCCCUGAGCUCUUCCUUCCUCGCAUUCAGCUGCUCAGCCUACUGCAUCCUCCCCCGGAAUCUCUUUGUUGCUCCCUGUGUUCUCAGAUGAGCCUGUCCUCUUCCUAGAGGCAGCUUGGGAUCAUUGCCCAGUGGAAUGAGCCACCUGCGCUUCUGAUGGCUCUGAGAUGCAGCCCAGAGAGUUGAGAAAAGCAGAGAAACCCGAUUUCAGUAAGCCGACUGCACCACAGCCUGUUAAUAGUCAUUGAGGCCUCAGCCCCCUAAGGUCUCCAAGCUCAUUUGACCAGCACAGCUGCGACUUCGGCUGUUUGCCUCUGGCAGAUGCCAAUAUCAGCGUCUUGUCCCAUUGCCAUUGGGAGUUUAUUUUUGCUUGUUGAGAAGUUGUGAAGCCCAGCACCCACAUCAGUGGAAAUUUUCUCUGAUUUCCUUCUAUUCCUUAAAGGCUGAGGUGUCCUACCAGUCCCCAUUUUUGUGUUGUGGAGGAUGCCAGGAGGCUGCCCAGACAUCGUCGGUUUCCUUCUCAGUUCUGACAUUUCCUGUUCACCAGCCUUCUCUAGCAGACAGCAUGACUGUAGCAGGCAUUUGAAAAAUGCUAGUUGCCUGAAAAAAAAAUUGGCACAUCAAAAGGCUUCAUUCUGUCACUCAGUGAUGAAACCUGGCCCAUGUGUGUAGUUGUGCUGUCAUUGAGCUUUGUUGACACUGAUUUUGUCCUCCUGAGAUAUGGGAGGUGAGCUCAGAAAAAGGUCUAAGGAGUGUUCAGAUCACAGCAACUUUAAAUCUGCUCAGUGUGUUUCCUGCUGAGAUAAAAAGCUAGCACUUGCCCCUGAGGACCUGAGCACGACCAGCCCAUCCCAGCAGCUCUCCACAUUUGCCAGACCAGUGAGUCUGUAAAGAUUUAAUCUACCUCAGGCACAAGACAUAGGCAGGAAAACUGGACCACUUUACCAGUCCCAAAUCACUCCCAGGAAUGACAAUCUUUCCAUUAGUGUCCUGAGAACAAAGUCAAGUGCUGAUCAAUUCAGUACGUAUGUUGCACAAGUACUCUGGCUGUGUUAUCCAACAUUUAGAGCUGAAGUUUUCCUGUAAGUAAUGUAAGACUGGAGACCUCUGACACCAGUUUCCCCCAAAUUGAGAAACACCUUUGUAGAUUGGCAAAAUCUUCCAGUUUGGCAUCUUUUUUUAUAUAAAAUGUCUAUGAACCUGUUUUCUGACCUGGAGGUCAGAAGGUCUGGAGUUAAGUUCCAGUCCUAAUGAGUACAAGAGCAAACCCAGUUAUCCCACUUAUGGAGAACCCACUUUUCUUAGCUUGAUCCUAAGCAUCCACUACAGCAAUCCAGGUGAGGAACACAGGCAUUACUCCGCAGGACCUUCAAGCGCUGUGACCUUGACCUUGUAGGAGAACCUGUAGAACUAUUCUGGCACCGGGUAGCAGCCAUGGUGCAGUUGAGACAGGCACUGAAACUGCUGUAGCUGAGGGGAGCAUGUGUACAUCAGAAGGGUUCAUUCAAAAGAGCAGAUUUUGGAAUGUGCAGUGACCCCCGAUGCCCACCAGACAUAGCAAAGAAGAGAUUAGAGUAUUAGAAUGAGGCAGGAUAAAGAAUUAUAAAAUCUAGUGCAUGGCCCAGUAUAUAAACUUCAAGGCCUUUAGAAGUCAAUACAGUUUGGUCCCAGGGAUCAGGUCAAGGUCACUAUUGCAGGGUUGGGUGAAAGUACUGGGCCUUCCAGCACACUAGCAUAUAUGCCUCAAAGCCCCACUUCCUCUCUCCUGUCUUUCUCCCUUCCUUCCUUUUCUCCUCACUUCUUUCCUUUUUUCCAUCCUCCCUUUUUCUCCUCCCUCCCUCCUUCCCUUUCUUCCUUUCUCCCUUCCAUGUUCUCUCCCCCACUCCCUUCCACAGGGCUGUGUGAUCCAGCAUUAUCUUCCUGGUGUGAAAAUGUGCUUGAUCCAGAAUUCUGGCUUUUACUCUACUUUAGCUGAAGGCGUUUCUAAAAUGUAGGAGGAGAAAAAGAGAAUAAAAAUCCCAGAACCAGAUCAUAGACUUCCCUGUCUUAUUUGGCUGUGGUCUUCCUGUAAUAAGGCACUUCUGAUGUGCUUUUUUAGAAUCAGAAAUAGCUGAUUGUCCUCAGAGGAUUGAAGAAAUAGUUGCAGAAACCUGAAAUCCAGGGCCUUACAGUUCUCCUAAUUAUCUCUUUUCUCUUCUUCCCCCUUCCCGCACCCAAGGGAGUGGGGAAACACUUCUCACCAUGGAGCCUGCUUGAAAGAGUUUUCCAAACUUGUGUAUAUUAUCUCUUGAUAUUGAAAUUAUUUUCUCUGUUUAAUCCAACUCCCACUGAGAAGCUGUGUGAGAUUUAGGAUGGAAGAUUUUUUUUCUUGUACUUCUGGAUUGUUUUGCAUUUUUUACUCUUCACCUGAGGGUAUGUCCCAGCUGCCGUGCUUCCUAUUUCAUGAGGUUAAAUAGAAGAAAGGUGAAAUAGAAGAAGGCUUUUGAUUGGGGGAUAUUUUUAGAAUUCUGCCCUAGGCAAGAGGUGCAGACACCAAGUAAUUCAGAGGUGCAGCAGACGGCAAAGUGAACUUCGCUGAGGAGCCUCCAUCAGAAGAGGUAUCUUUCCUCGGAUCUCCAUGCUAGAUUGUGUUCUGGAGUCUUCUGCAGAGGAUACUUUUUCUCAUGUCUGUGUAUUUGGUUUCCCAAGGACGCUCGUAUGUUUUCCCAGGGUUAUUCCCACACCUCUUCCUCACACAGCUGUUUGCAAUGUGCUUUCUUGCCAACAUCCAUGGAAGAACAUCUACGUGUAGAAGAACAAGUUUUGCUAUCUGGACUUUGGCAGUGGUUUUGUGAUGUUUGAAUUUUCUGUUAGCUUGUUGCUCAAGCACUACAGAGUGUAUGUAGUCCCUUUGGCCACCUCUACCCAGAAUAUCCUAAUAAACUGUUUUCUUUUUUUAAAAAAAUCAAAA